ACUCGUCGUCAGAUAGAUGCGUAGAUCUCGCGCAUCGCUGAGCUGAGAACGCGCCGGUUCUCCUCCUGAUCUGAGAGCCAUUCUGGUAUUACUACUGCAACCAAUCCUGAUUAGCAAUUGCAGUGAUUGCACGGACGAUACUCUCCAUUUCACUCUGAGGUUUGGUACUAGAUCUACCAUGUCUACUCGAGUAAAGAGGAAAUUCAGGACUUGAAAUAGCACUGAGUCUGUAGGUCUACUGCAGCUGUAGCCUGUAGACUAGUGAGUAGUGCUAGUGCAGUCGGGCGGUCCUGUCUUCGUUGCCCGGUCCGCCUUGCAGUCCCCCAGUCGCGUCUACGCGCUUGUGAUUGAAAUACCAGGGGAUUAAUUAUUUGUUCAGCUUGCCUGAUCAUCAAGACGUUACUUGACUUCCAUCCCGAGCACUACUCCAAUGCUCAAUGCCCACUGACUUGGGACAGGCCGUAAAGUUAGUUUUGUUUUCUUUCAGUACCGGUGGUUGCGUACAUGCAUCCGUACACACGGCCUUGAAUCUUGAUCUCCGUGCCCAGCUGGUCGUAUGGCAAGCGAAAUGGACGAGUCGCUGGGGCCGGGGGCCGGUGGAGAUGGACCGUCUUCUUGGACCAACGCCAGUUUGCGGCGGACGAACGAGGAGAUGCGGGAACACAUCAUGCGCCUAAAGGCAGAAGCUGAGACCGAACGCAAUAACGUCAAGCGACUGGAGAGGGAGAAGGUCACCUCGGUCAAGAGAGCACGGGACGAGGAGACAGCGCGUAGCAAGCAGGCAGCUGAAGAGCUGAAGCAGAAGACCAGCCGUGAGCACAAGGAGCAGCUUCAGACGCUGCAGGAGGCCUGUGCGAGGGAGUACGAAACUGAGGCACGUCGCGUGGUGCGGGAAUGUGAGGAUAAGAUUCGUACUCAGAAACAGCAGUGGGAAAGGGAGAAAUCCGAAGAGCUAGACAAUGUACGGAAGAGUACAUCGCGCAAAGUGCGUGAAGAGGCACAUCAACAGUUCGAUCAGGAGAAAAAGAAACUACAGCAGGAGGUGUUUGAGCUCUCUGAUGCCAAGACAAGAGCUGAGCAGCGUAUGAAAGAGCUGCAGGUAGCAGAUAAGUCCAAAGCGGAUGAUAUCCGCCGCAUGCAUGAAGAGCACCAGACAGAGAUGGCGAAAAUGAAGCGUGCUUCGCAACAAGAGAAUAGGAAAAUGCGUGACGAACUACUAGAAAAGCAGGAGGCACUGUCUCGCAAAGAGAAAGAGCUCGUCGAUGCCAAGCGUAAGAAAUCGCAGGUGCAGAUGGAGAAGGAGACACUCGAAGAGAACUUGUCUCGCGUGAAGGAAGCCGACAGCUGGGCACGGAUGUCACCGCGGGCAGCCAUUGCUGGCAUCGGAGAUAUCAGCUUUGAUUCGGCGACAUCGCCAAUGCAGAAGAAGCAGUAUGGUGAGAGAGAGAAGCAGCUCAUUCAGCGUAACUCAGAGCUUAGCAUCCUAGCGCGGCGCUUGGAGGAGGGAUUGAGCUCCAUGACAACAGAGAAGAAGGGCCUGGAAAAACAACUUCUGGAGGCCAAGCUGUCCAAUGAACCUUUGGAGGAGAAGUCCAAAGACCUGAUGAAGAAGUACAAUGCACUCAUUGCUAAGCAUCGACGCCUGGAGGACCAGAACAAGCAGAAUUCAGAGAACUAUAAAUCACUGAAAUCCAAACACGACACUCUCCUGCAGGACUUUGAUGCCCUGACGACGAAGACACGAAAGUUCACUGGACAGUCCCGUCUCUCAGAACAACAGAAAGAAGAGUUGGAAUCACUGCGGCAUCAAUAUCGUGAGCAUCUUCGGACCAUCGCAGACUUGAAGCAGAACAUGACUGAUAAAGACCGGCGCCUGAAGCAGGCGUUGUCCUCCAAGCGCUCCCUUGUGAAGAAGCAGCAGGAGCUGGAGGCGUCCCUGGCAGCCGCUACAACCCGUGCCAGUCGCUCCAGUUCUGGCAUGUCUGGCUCACAAUCCUUCUCUGGAAUUCCAUCGCCUUCCAAAGAAUCAAACCCCAUUGUGCCUGCAGCCACACAGAGUCAGGGACAGGGUCUGGCACUCAUGAGUAGAUCCUCAUCACUUGAAUCCCUGGCCAGUGCAUUGCAGGACGAAGCUGAUCAGGCUGCGUUUGAGAGGGACGAGCUUGAAGCCGAUUUCUCUCAGCUGGAGAAGGAGCAUAUGCACUUGCGCCGGGUCUUUGCUUUGCAUUUCCAACACUCCCUGUCCGACAAGGAGAGAGAGGAAUAUGAGGAGCUGAUGGCAGAUUAUCAACAACAGCAAGAGGCCAUCUCUGCCCUGCGUCAAGCCGUACAGACGGCCGAGGACAGAGCCAUUCAACUCCAGGAGGACUUGGGUUCAGCACAGGAAGAGCUUCGUCAGUCCGUCGAAACACACCAGAUGGGCGGUGAGGAGAUUGCAACUCUCAGCGCAACAUGCACGGAGCUCAUGGAGGCGAAGGCCACUUUGUCAGAAGGCUUGGAAACGGCUUGGAAGGCUGUGGAAGAGGCCGAUGCGAAGACUCAGCAGUUGGAGACUGACCUUUUGGAAGCUCGGCAGCAGAUCGAGUCACUUCAGGAGACGCUGAAGAUGAAAGAGCAUGCAAUGACUCGACAGGAAGCAGCUAAGGACGACGCUCUUCAAACUAGUCUCGAUGAGCUGCAGACCUCGGAGGACAAGUCUACACAGUUGAAUAGUGCUGUUGCAGAACUGAAGGAGGAAGUGGAAGAGAGGGAUCGGCAGGUUCAGGAUCUGCUGCAGGAGCUCGAGGUCUCGGAGAGUGACAAGAGAAAAGCACAGAAGCAGGUCCUGGGCCUCCAGGCCAAGCUACACGAUGCCCAAGUGGCCGGCGGUCGGGAGAAUGCAGAGAUGUUGGAGCAGCUGCAGAAACAUUUUGAGCAGAAGGAACGAUCACUGACUCGGGAUGUGGAGCAAGCUAGUAGAGACGUUCUUAAGCUGCUGGCCCAACUUGAGUCUGCCCAGUCUGACAAGAAGGACGUGGAGAGAAAGGCAGAGGUGCAUGAAGCUGAGCUUACUGAGCAGCUGCAGAAGCAUCUUGAGCAGACGGAGCGGGCUUUUACUCAGGAUGUGGAGCAAGCUAACAGAGACGUUCAGCAGAUGAAGGCCCAACUUCAGUCUGUCGAGUCUGACAAGAAGGCAGUGGAGAGAAGGGCAAAGGUGCAUGAAGCUGAACUAGCUGCAUUGCGAGCCGCUUCCAACGAACACCGACAGGCAUCUCAUAAGCUGGAGUCUAUCAGCUCUCUGGUGUCCAUGGAUCUCAUGCCUCAGGUCGAAGCCUUACUGCGGGAGCGGGUUGGAAUCAUGGAUGUGAUGAUGCAGCUUUGCCAUGCCAGUGUGGAGAAUGACACAGUGGGCGUGAAGCGCGGCAUCACCACAUUGCAAGAGCUGCUCACACCAGGUCUACCAUUGGAGCACCUCUCUGCUGUACUGACAAGCCUGGAGACAUGCACGGGGACCCCGCUCGGUGCCAUCAAGCAAAGACUGAGCGCGGCAAAGGAGAAGCAGAUCAUGGCGAGCAAAGUUCCAUCGCUACCAUCACCGUCACCGCCGUCACCAGGCCUCGGCUCGGCUGGCAUUGGCGGUGCACAGGGCUCUAUGGCAGUGGACGUGCUGCAGGAGAUGCUCAAGACAAGGAAUGAUGAAGUAGAGGAUCUGCAACUGCAGCUAAGAAGCAGGAAUGAAGAACACCUGGCGGCCGUGCAAGAGCUGGAGGAGAAUCAACAAGAAGUAGCUAUCAUGAAAGCCCAGUGCCAGCGUUUGACCAGCCGACUUGAGAUGAGUCAGAGCGAGUCGACAAGCUUGCAGACGGCCGCCAUGAAGCUGGAAGCUCUAGAACGUAUCCACGAAGGGCUGAAGCAAGAUUAUGCCAAUGUCAAGACAAAGGCAGAGCGGGCAGCUCGCAGUGGCAGUGGCAGCAGCAGCAAGGAGGCAACACAGCUAACACAAGAGCUCGAGACCAGCAAGGUGGUGAUUGAACACUUAACACGUCAAAAGGAUUCCCUUGCCAAGACCAAUGAAGCUCUCAACUCCGAGCUGCUGUUGCUGUGGAGAUUAGUGUCCCUGGAGUUGAAGUACACUGCCAAUGUGGAAGGCAGUGGUGAACAGGGCAUGGAGGCAAGACUGCGCGAACUGGAGACAGCACUCCAGACUCACAAGGGAGUGGAAGUCACUGUGGCAAGGAUAAUGGAAGCGCGAGGACGUAAUGCAGUCUCGUCAGAUGAUCUCACCAGUGCCACUUCCGAUGGUGGAUCAUUCCAAGUCAGUGACACCUCAAUCAACAGCAUGUCGACAACUGUCUCGUUGAAGGAAAAGGUGGGAGAGCUGUCGGAUGAGUGCAAGGACAAGGAGGACAAGAUUCUUCAGCUGGAGGCUGAGAUAGCCCGACUGACAACAAAGCUUUCCUGCAACAUCCUGAUGAAUAUGUCAGCCGAUCACUCGUCUAUGCUACUCGACUCUUCGUCAUGCUCUUCACCUGGCGUACAGCAGCAGCCGAGGAAGUCAUCACGGCGCUCAACAGUUGACACGCCGCUGCUUCGGGAUCGACCGUCAUCUACCACUCCUGCUACCGUGGCUGAGCAGAGGCGGCGACUGACUGGAUCUGAUGUGGAAGAGUCGGAACUGCCAAACCUGAGAUCACCGUCAGCAUCUACACGAGGAGCUGCACAAGCAUCAGAGAGACCGGCACUAAACACUGGAACAAGACAUAGACCUGCUGGUGCUGUGCACACACCCCUGGCAGGUGGUAGUCGCUCUAUGAGCCACUCUGCUGUGCUGGGCCAUGCUACACCAGCGCGCACGGCCACGCAUCGCGGGCAUCUAGCACACCGCAGUGUGUCAUCCCUGCAGCACAGGCCACAGUCACCCGCGCAUAGCGUUGCAUCGUCCACGCACAGCGGUGUCUCGUCCUCAAGCCAAGACCUGCUCAGUCCACGUGGUAGACAUGCGGGCAGGGGUCAACAAGCAACGCCAGUCAUGCAACAGGCCACCAAGUCUGCACUGAUUGAUGGUGGCAGUGGUGGCAGUAACCACCAGCUAUACAUAGCACUGGAUGACUUCAACCCGACUGAACAGUAUCCAGACGGCUUAUCAUUACUGGCGGGCACUAUUGUCCAGGUAACGGGUGUAGAUCUCACCAAUGGUGCUUACACGGUGGAGUACGAAGGUGUGCAUGGUCGGCUGCCAGUGGCACUGCUGGAGAAGCUAUCACCGGGCAUGUCACUGCAUUCACACGGCCAGCCGUUUCACUCCAGUACGGAGCACCAGCAGCUAGCGUUUUCCGGCCAUCAGUAUCAUCCAAGUGAGUUUGCACCGUCACAGCGACCGGAUCAGCAUCGUCUGUCCGCAGACCAGGAUAUCACUGGCCACCGCAGCCUUACCGCUUCACCACAGCCCAGCAUAUCGUCGCUGUCGCGUGUAUCACCUCGCAGUGCCGGCGUCAAGUCGCCACCGAUAUAUUUGGGAUCGCAGCCUGAUGCCCCUAUUCCAGCCCCACCAACAGACCUGCGUGUGGAUCGGAAACUAGAAGACAAUCUCUUGGUAGCGUGGACAUGCCCUCCGCUGGACCAAGGCGCUUUCAGCAAUGGUGCAGAAGUCAUUGGGUAUCGUAUCUCCUUGGACGAUGAAAUUACGGAAGACCUGUCUGGAGCGGAACGGCAAAAGGUACUUCUGGAGCGCAUUGACCUAUCCAGGCCCCACAUAUUGUCCGUGGCCACUAUAUCCAGUACCGGUGCCUUCUCCCAAUUUGCUCGCAUUCGCGUGACCACCCGGCCGACCCCUGAUGGAGAUGUUCUGCAUGGCAGUAGCACAAACAUCAUGCCGGCACCGCCUAGACAUGCACCUCCAACACCGCAGCAGCAACAGCGUGUUGUCAACGGUCUGAUGAGCCCUGCCAGCGCAAGCCCAGGACAGCACCUCCAAGGAGCAGCGGCAUACAGCCCAGUAGGCUCUGCUUUGUCCUUGCAUGACUUGCAGCCUGGCCUGGCAAAGAAGCUUCAACACAACACUGCCACGGACGGACCAUAUCUUGCAAUCGCCUUGAAGACGUUCGCACCGAGUGCCAGGGAAUCCUCCAGUAUGCUGGCUCUGAACGAAGGAGACAUGAUGCAAGUUGUAUCUAAUGAUCCUAAGCAUCCAUGGCUUGUUGCUAAGCGAAACAAUCAGCAAGGAAAAGUCAGACGGGAUAUUGUGGAGAGGCUGCCGAAUAUCGUUGCAUCACAGCAGGAGUUUGACUCCAUUGUCAAUAACCUGCAGAGCAACAGCUUACCGCAGGUUCACACUGUGCCUCAUCCCCAGCCGCCCCAUCCCCAGCCGCGAGGUAUUCGGGCUGCCAUCGCCUUGUACACGUAUGAGCCGAGCUUGAUGUCACCGCGAGAGACGCAACAUCGCGGACAGUUGAGUUUCCAGGAAGGCGACACAAUGUGGAUCAAGGGCGGAGAGGACGAGAGUGGGUUCCUUCUAGCAGAACUAAACGGUUAUCAAGGUUUGGUUCCUGCUACUUUUGUUGACUUUGUGGAUGCAACACCAGAGGAUCAGUUGGUUGUCGAGAAUGUCGCUGAAGGGUUGGAGACUGAUGGAAUGGCAAAUCGGACGCUUUCAGAAGAAUCAAUGGGGUCUGUAUCAUCCAUCGAAUCAAGUGACCUGUUGAUCCUAACUAGUGAUGGUAGGCUGCAUGGAGUUCAAUCGGCAGCCGAGACAACCCAGCUGCAACCUCAUCAUGGCCCAGCUCACGCCAGCAGGGCUCUUCGGAAUCCAUCACCCAUGGACGUGCCGAUCCAGAGGAGCAGUGCCAGCGCUGUGCAAGAUGAUAGUGAGAGCUGGGCGACCAUCAGUCACCAAGGCGAUGCUCCUGACCAUGCGGCAAUGUCAAGUGCACAUACUGCUAGAUCUCAAAGCACAUCAAGUCGACAGUCACAGAAGGCAAAGAAAGCCUCCGGUGGCUCAAUUUUCAAUCGCCUAAAGAACCGCAAGAGCUCAGAGUCGGUGUCGGCGUCUGCCAGUGCGGCGCAGCAGAGACAGUCCAGCAGCACAAGCAAGUCUAUUCACAAGCGCCGACAAAAACCCUGAUCAUCACCAACACCGGGCUUCAUUGUCCAUGUCUUGUCAACACUUCUGCUAAAUCAUGAUGCUCAUACUUGGUACAUGUCAUUAUAAUAUACGUACUGCAGUGGUACGCAUCGUCCCUGCAAGGAACAGGAGUCCACCAUAUUUUGUAGUCAUAUAGAAAAUGUGUAGUCCAGAAAUGUCAACAGAUGAUUACAGAACAGCGAUAUAUUUCUCGAGACCAAUUCACCAGGAAAUGGAUCAUUUGUUUAAUGUUACCAAUCUAGUUCUUAUCACAUUGUGACCGUAUGUGACUUUUCCGGACAUUAAACUUGCUACAGAAGCAAGCCCUACGAUGACAAGGCUGCAUUGAGUGCAUGCUGCAAUGGCACGGCCAGGUGCAGUGGCAUAUACAUGUAUAUGUAUAAUUAUUAUGUAUACACAAAACAACGGAGGCGUGUAUGUAUAUAUUCAGCGCAUCCUUGGCUAAUGGUGGCCAUAGGUUUGUGCUCUGUGUAUGGUGCAGUUUACAUGCACUGGAGGUAAAGUGCCGCCGCAUCUUUUUUUGCUAUUGUACUUCGAAGUAUUUCCAUGAGUUUCUCUGACGGUAUUGCACAAUAACACGAUUCUAGUCAUUGUGCGAUAUAACUAUUGUUUUUCAUUCUCGGUUUAGUUAGCUUAUCAAGCCGUUUGUGCUUCUCUCAUCUCUGUGCAGUUAUUAUAAUAGUGAUUGCAUCUCUGUUCGUUGCUAAGUUAUUAGUUUUUAGUGUGUGGACUUGAAUCGGAUUAUUUGGACCGGCUGCUCAUCCAUCACUGAAACUGAAGCCGAGCAGAAUGUUGUACUUGAUA